GGUCAGCGUGCUUUCAAUGAUAUUUAAAUAUUAAAUAUAAUAAUAUUAAACCACAACAAUUACUAAAUAUGCCUACAUAAAAAAUAGGCUAAUAAUAAUACAAAUCCUGCUUUAUCUACAGUCAGGGUGUUAUAGACAUAGGCCUAAAUAUGAUGGGUUUUAUUAAACAGGUUUUUAUCUAAUAGCAAAUGACAAAUCCACACGAUUUUAAAAAACAAACAAACAUUCAUUUAUUUAAUCAAUACAUUUCACCAAAUUUCAAAGCUUCUGAGGGCAUCCAGCCCCUCCUGACUGGUCUGGGGUGUAAUGCAGCCAUUUCUGAUCUGCCUGAGAAAAGGCAAAUUCGUUUGCAGUCCCCAUUUGUAGUGUCAGGGCGUCUAAAACAGAAAACACAAGCAAAACACAAACUGUCAGUUAAAUAGCUAUAUUACAUGCUAUUGUGCAAGUGGUGUGCAGAUUCAGAAAUGAAAAAGAAACAAAAAUCAGCCAUACAAUACUUUAGACACUUGCUUACUUGAUAAAUGAUGUGAAUCAAUGAUAUGUAAAAAAAAAAAAGAAAAAAAAAAAAAGAAAAAAGGACAAAAAAGGUUAAGUAAACAGCAAUUUAACUCACAGCCACAGUCCUGAUAACUAGUCUACAGCAAAGACAAGAGUGUUUUUGUAACCAUGGAAACACACAGUGCGAACGUGUCAGAGUGGAUGUGUUGUGACCUGUGACCAUUGAGACUGUAUAUAAGAAAGGUAAUGACUGAAUCUGCUGUUACUGUGCAUGUAUUGUGACUUUAUCUUUAUCUUAUAAUAUUUGAUAAGUUAUAGUAAUAAUUAUGCCGACUGUAUCCAAGCAGCAUCCAUAGCGGUCAUGUCGCUAGCGUAAAUGCUAACAUCAGAAAAAAAGUUAACGUAUAUUUUCUAAUGGCUCUGUAAUUAAUAAAGUGGCUGCAAAUUGAUCAUAUUGCUUUUAAAUUGAUCUUGUAAAUGUGAAAAGUGAAACUAAAUUGUUCAAAGGAGCAGAGUAGGUGGAUGAAAACUGACGUCUGACGAAGGACUGACUGAAGUCCACAAGAUGAGUGUUUGUGUGGAGGAAGAAGAGGAGGACAGAGCAGAGCCUCCUGUGUCCAACUUCCUGUCUAUGAAGAGUGACCAGGACAACAAUCAUCCUCCAACCUUCAGUAAUGAACCUGAACCCUCAAACACAAAAGUCCUGUGGUCAGACCACAGACAGAGAGCAGAGUAUCCAGCAUCAGACUGUCUGUCUAUGAAGAGUGACCAGUCCAUAGAUCCUCCUCUAUUCUUCAGGAAUGCACCUGGACCCUCAGACCCAAGAGUCCUGUGGUCAGACCACAGACAGAGAGCAGAGUAUCCAGCAUCAGACUGUCUGUCUAUGAAGAGUGACUUCUCCAAAGAUGUUCCUCUAUUCUUCAGGAAUGAACCUGGACCCUCAGACCCAAGAGUCCUGUGGUCAGAACACAGACAGAGAGCAGAGUAUCCAGCAUCAGACUGUCUGUCUAUGAAGAGUGACUUCUCCAAAGAUGUUCCUCUAUUCUUCAGGAAUGCACCUGGACCCUCAGACCCAAGCGUCCUGUGGUCAGACCACAGACAGGCAGCAGAGUAUCCAGCAUCAGACUGUCUGUCUAUGAAGAGUGACUUCUCCAAAGAUGUUCCUCUAUUCUUCAGGAAUGAACCUGGACCCUCAGACCCAAGAGUCCUGUGGUCAGACCACAGACAGAGAGCAGAGUAUCCAGCAUCAGACUGUCUGUCUAUGAAGAGUGACUUCUCCAAAGAUGUUCCUCUAUUCUUCAGGAACAAACCUGGACCCUCAGACCCAAGAGAGGGGACAAGGAAGAGGAGGAAUAGCGUUUCUGUGGAGCAGCUGCUGUCCUGCUGUUCUUUGUGUCAAUACGUCUUAAAGGAUCCAUUCUCUACCAGCUGUGGACACUGGUUCUGCAGACAGUGCAUCAACUCAUACUGGGACCAGUCUGCUUCAUCUGGAGACUUCCCCUGUCCUCAGUGUGGAAAAAGAUUUAAAACAAGACCUGGACUGCAGACAGAGAGUCAGACCAUCACUGUACAAAUGAGCGUUGCUCUCCUGGAGGUUUUACAUGUACAUAAGAUCAGUCUGGAGAUAAGAUGUUACUGUGUGACUGAAGGAACUGAUGAAGCAGGAAGUGAAGUCCUCCUCAACACCAUCUACACUGAGCUCUACAUCACAGAGGGACAGAGUGAAGAGGUUAAUACCCAACAUGAGGUGAAGCAGCUUGAGAGAGCUUCCAAAAUGGAGACCCUCCAUGAGACUCCAAUCAAGUGUCACGACAUCUUCAAAGUCUUACCAGCCAAAGACUUACCUGUUCAGUGCUUACCUGCCCAAAAGAAACACAUCAGGCUCGUUCUGACGUGUGGCGUCGCUGGCGUUGGAAAAACCUUCUCAGUGCAGAAGUUCACUCUGGACUGGGCACAGGGUUUGGAAAACAAAGAUAUCAUUCUGGUGAUUCUGUUUUCAUUCAGGGAGCUGAACCUGAUCAAAAAUGAGCAGUACAGUCUUCUCAUGCUGAUCCACACUUUCCAUCCAACAUUACAGAAGCUCACAGCAGAGAUGCUCGCUCUCUGUAAAGUUUUGUUCAUCUUUGACGGCCUGGAUGAAAGCAGACUUUCAUUAGAUUUCAACAACAGGAAGGUGGUAUCUGAUGUCACACAGAUAUCAUCAGUCAACAUGCUGUUGACCAACCUCUUCAAGGGGAAUCUACUUCCCUCUGCUCUCAUCUGGAUAACUUCUCGACCUGCUGCAGCCAAUCAGAUCCCUCCUACAUGUGUUGACAGAGUAACAGAAGUACGAGGCUUCACUGACGCCCAGAAGGAGGAGUACUUCAGGAGGAGAUUCAGUGAUGAAGAGCUGUCCAACAGAGUCAUCUCACAAAUUAAGUCUUCCAGGAGCCUCCACAUCAUGUGUCACAUCCCAGUCUUCUGCUGGAUCACUGCUACAGUUCUGGAGCACAUGUUGACCACAGACCAGACAGGAGAGCUGCCCAAGACCCUGACUGAAAUGUACUCACACUUCCUGCUGGUUCAGACAAAGAGGAAGAAACACAAGUAUGAUGAGGGACAUGAGACGAGUUCACAGGAGUUGACGAAUGCUGACAGGGAAGUUCUUCUGAAGCUGGGGAGGCUAGCGUUUGAACAUCUAAAGAAAGGAAACAUCAUGUUCUACCAAGAAGACCUGGAGCGAUGUGGUCUUGAUGUCUCAGAGGCCUCGGUGUACUCAGGAUUUUGUACAGAGAUCCUCAAAAGAGAGAGUGUGAUCUUCCAGAAAUCAGUCUACAGCUUUGUUCAUCUGAGUGUUCAGGAGUUUCUGGCUGCAGUUUACAUGUACCACUGUUACACCAGCAGCAACACAGAGGUACUGAAGAACUUCCUGGGAAAAGACUACAGUCGCUCAUCCCUGGAUGACUUCUUGAUAAAAGCCUUGAGGAAAUCUUUCAAAAGUAAAAAUGGCCACCUUGACCUGUUUGUUCGUUUCCUUCAUGGCCUCUCUCUGGAGUCCAACCAGAGUCUCUUAGGAGGUCUGCUGGGUCAGACAAAGAACAGUCCAGAAAUCAUCCAGAGAGUCAUCGACAACCUGAAGAAGAACAAGACCAAAAUCUCUCCUGACAGAACCAUCAACAUCUUCCACUGUCUGAUGGAGAUGAACAACCACGCAGUACAUCAGGAGAUCCAAGAGUUCCUGAAGUCAGAGAACAGAUCAGAGAAGAAACUCUCUGACAUCCAGUGCUCAGCUCUGGCCUACAUGCUGCAGAUGUCAGAGGAGGUUCUGGAUGAGCUGGACUUGAAGAAGUACAGCACAUCAGACCAGGGACGACUGAGACUGAUCCCAGCUGUGAGGAACUGCAGAAAGGCUGUGUUUGAGAACUGUGGACUCUCAGAGACUCACUGUGAAGUCGUGGCCUCAGCUCUGAAGUCCAACCCCUCCCAUCUCAGAGACCUGGACCUGAGUAAGAACAACCUGAAGGAUUCAGCUGUGAAGUUUCUGUCUGCUGGACUGGAGAGUCCAAACUGUAGACUGGAGACUCUGAGAUUGAGGAGCUGCAGUUUGUCAGAGAGCAGCUGGGCUUCUCUGGUCUCAGCUCUGAAGAACAACCCCUCCCAUCUGAGAGAGCUGGAUCUGAGUGACAACAACCUUCAGGAUUCAGUAAUGAAGCUGCUGUUUGAUUUUGUGGAGAGUCCAAACUGCAGACUGGAGGCUCUGAGGUUGAAGAGCUGCAGUUUUUCAGAGACCAGCUGUGCAUCUCUGGUCUCAGCUCUGAAGAACAACCCCUCCCAUCUCAGAGACCUGGACCUGAGUCACAGCAAGCUGCAGGGUUCAGCCAUGAAGCUACUUUGUGAUUUUGUGAAAAAUCCAAACUGCAGACUGGAGACUCUGGGAUUGGAGUUUUGCUGGUUGUCAAAGGCCAGCUGUGCUUCUCUGGUCUCAGCUCUGAAGAACAACCCCUCCCAUCUGAGAGAGCUGGAUCUGAGUUACAAUGACCUGCAGGAUUCAGGAAUGAAGCUUCUGUGUGAUUUUGUGGAGAGUCCAAACUGUAGACUGAAGACUCUGAGAUUGAGUGGCUGCAGUUUGUCAGAGAUCAGCUGUGCUUCUCUGGUCUCAGCUCUGAAGAACAACCCCUCCCAUCUGAGAGAGCUGGAUCUGAGUAUCAACAUGCUGCAGGAUUCAGGAGUGAAGCUGCUGUCUGAUCUUAAGGAGAGUCCAAACUGUAGACUGGAGACUCUGAGAUUGAAGAGCUGCACAUUGUCAGAGAUCAGCUGUGCUUCUCUGGCCUCAGCUCUGAAGAACAACCCCUUCGAUCUGAGAGAGCUGGAUCUGAGUAACAACAAGCUGCAGGAUUCAGACAUGAAGCUCUUGUCUGAUUUUGUGAAGAGUCCAAACUGCAGACUGGAGACUCUGAAAUUGAUUAACUGCAGUUUGUCAGAGAUCAGCUGGGCUUCUCUGGUCUCAGCUCUGAAGAACAACCCCUCCCAUCUGAGAGUGCUGGAUCUGGGUUACAACAACCUGAAGGAUUCAGUAAUGAAGCUGCUUUGUGAUUUUGUGGAGAGUCCAAACUGCAGACUGGAGACUCUGAAAUUGUACUACUGCAGUUUGUCAGAGAUCAGCUGUGCUUCUCUGGUCUCAGCUCUGAAGAACAACCCUUCCCAUCUGAGAUAUCUGGAUCUGGGUUACAACAACCUGAAUGAUUCAGUAAUGAAGCUGCUUUGUGAUUUUAUGGAGAGUCCAAACUGCAGACUGGAGACUCUGAGAUUGUGGGACUGCAGUUUGUCAGAGAUCAGCUGUGCUUCUCUGGUCUCAGCUCUGAAGAACAACCCCUCCCAUCUGAGAGUGCUGGAUCUGAGAGGAAACAACAACCUGAAGGAAUCAGACAAAAAGCUGCUGUCUGAUCUCAAGGAGAGUCCAGACUGUAAACUGGAGACUGUGGACUUGUGAUGAUCUCCACAACAGCAGUGUGUGUUGAGAGAGGAUCAGCUGUAUCCUGAUGAUCCAGAGAGGUUGAAGCAGCAGCAGCAGUUUGUGUGUAGAGAGGCUGUGACUGGACCAUGUUACUGGGAGGUAGAGUGGAGGGGAGAGCUUCAUCCAGCAGUGACUGACAGAGGAAUCAGAAGA